GCAACAUGGCUGCGCCCACUGUUUAGAAGUUACAGGAAACAUGAUGAAAUAAACAAAUACUACGUCUGGUGCAGAGCAGGCAAAGGCUAGACGGAUAUGCACGCAGGAUACAACAGAGAUCUAUUUGGGAUUCCCCAAGGAGACAACAUGGCCGAUAUCGGACCGACAGUGUUCUUUAUGUAUGACAAGUGUAUCGUCGAAAAGGAAUCAGACGAUCCCAGCAAUGCAAUAAUUUAUUUCCACCCAGCUACAGUAUCUGUCAAUGACCAGGUAGCACUCUGCGGGCAGCUUAUGGGGAUGUCGCACUUCCUAACGUCUAUUACCGGAACGUUGCCAACUGUGUUUAAGAUGGCCACCACAAAAUAUGCCUUCAAGCACAUUGGCAAAUACAGCCUGGUGAUUGGCUGCGAUGUGGAUGCACCCGACAGUGUUGCAACACGGCUCAUCACCAGGCUGUGCGACACGUUCCGUCUCUAUCACCACAGCAUCGAGAGAGUUACCAAGAGUGUGGAAUUCAUCAGUGCCGUAAAUUUCAAAACUCACAUGGGAAGGAUCUGGGACACGCUGGUGCCGUUUCUGCGUUGCUAUGGUGAUGAGAUUGCUGCAGGCUUUGGAUCAUUGCCAGAUCUGCAGCUGCCAAAGGGAGAGACUCGGCUUUACCUGAAGGCAUCCCAUCUCCUACAGACAUGCCGUGGCGGUAAAGGAGUGCUGGAUGGUUGCCUUAUCUUCAGGAAAAAGGUGCUGUGCACGCAGCUGUCACCCUCGCUUACUGCAAAGCUGAUGCUUAUUCGACCUCAGCAGCACAAUGUAAGUCUCCCUCAGUGA